UAUAUUAAUAUUGCUGGUGUUGUGAGGUGCUGGACCUUUUGACCAUGUUCUGACUGUAAACAUGUUCGUGUUCGUGGCGGCGGACGGUUCGGAACCGGUCCAUCCUGUGGCUGGCUGCCUGCGCUCAGAUCAGCUGCAAGUCGACGGCUGGAGCGUUCAAACGUAUUUAUUUUCCGUAGGGUUUGUUUGGUUUGUGUGUCGUAGUGAGGGUCGGAGAUGUUAAAAGCUGUCUAAUUGGUCCGGAACGACUUCCCGAACCACCACAGGCUCGGUAUGUCGGAUGAAGAUUCCCGUGCCAGCACAAGCUCUUCCUCCUCUUCAUCUUCCAUUCAUCAUCAUCAGCAGCAGCAGGAAGUAAACCCGUCAAAGAAGCGAGAGAGCAAAGUCAGCAUGAGCAAGACCUCCAAGCUUCUGUCUACCAGCGCCAAAAGAAUUCAAAAGGAACUGGCUGACAUUACACUGGAUCCUCCUCCAAACUGCAGUGCCGGCCCUAAAGGAGACAACAUCUAUGAGUGGAGGUCCACCAUCCUGGGCCCGCCGGGCUCCGUGUAUGAGGGAGGAGUGUUCUUCCUGGACAUCGCCUUCACACCAGACUACCCCUUCAAACCCCCCAAGGUGACGUUCCGCACCAGGAUCUACCACUGCAACAUCAACAGCCAGGGGGUGAUCUGCCUGGACAUCCUGAAGGACAACUGGAGUCCUGCUCUCACCAUCUCCAAGGUCCUGCUGUCCAUCUGCUCCCUGCUUACUGACUGCAACCCUGCGGACCCCCUGGUGGGAAGCAUUGCCACACAGUACACCACAAACAGACCAGAACAUGACAGGAUAGCCAAACAGUGGACCAAACGCUACGCCACAUAAUCAGCAGAGCGGUCGCUGCUGGAAGAACUGGAGGGUGGGACAACUUGGGGGGCGGGGGGGUUGAUUUGUAGCAAAGGGGUGUGUGUGUGUGUGUGUGUGUGUGUGUGUGUGUGUGUGUGUGUGUGUGUGUGUGUGUGUGUGUGUGCUUGGAGCAGGGGAAUUUUUACCUUGCAGCUGAAGUCUUAACUUGUUUAUUGUAUUUUAAAUUAUCUGCAGCCCAACUGUAACCCCAUGUUAUAGCCAGAGCUCCAGGAUGGCUGCUUCCUGGAGUCGCCAUGACUACCAGUCAGAUGUUUGGUGUUUGCUUCUCCUCCAGAACGUGAAGUUGAUUCCCUCACAUAGACAUGUUUAGGUGUGGAUGGAUGAUGGUUGUUAUUUGUGUUUGGACUGUUUUGUUUCUCCCUUUGAAAGAAUUAAACAAAACCAAGAAGUCCAGUA